AUGUAUGUAGUAUUAACACUUGAGUUUCCCCAUAAAAACAAUCUCUUCAAUUUUCAAACUUAUGAUAGCUCUACACAAACAAACUAAUCCAUCCAAAACCCUUUGUCACAAUCCCAAAAAUAAAUAAAAAAUCAGUGUCCAAUAUCACCCACCACACCAAUAGAACCGACUAAGUACUACUUUUCCAUCAUACAUUACAUAUAUGACCCACAAGAGCACACAAGUUUCAUUCAAUUCAAGGCAAAUCUCAAAUGGGUUUCAGAGCAAUUACUCUGCUUCUUCUAUUCUCACUUUUUCAUCAACUUCUACUUGGUGAAGCAAAGUUCCAUAAUGUAAGUAGCUUAAGAGGGAAAAAGCCAGUAGUAACAAAUGGGUGCAAUUUGUUCAUAGGAAGUUGGGUGGUUGACCCUUCUUAUCCUCUCUAUGAUUCAAGCUGCCCCUUCAUUGAUCCUGAAUUUAAUUGUCAAAAGUAUGGAAGACCUGAUAAACAAUACCUCAAAUACUCUUGGAAACCUGAUUCAUGUGCCUUACCAAGUUUUGAUGGGAAGGAUUUUCUGAACAAAUGGAGGGGUAAGAAGAUAAUGUUUGUGGGUGAUUCACUGAGUCUGAACAUGUGGGAAUCACUGUCGUGUAUGAUUCAUGCGUCGGUGCCCAAUGUAAAGACCAGCUUUUUAAGGAGGGAAGCACAGUCUACAGUGACAUUCCAGGACUAUGGAGUAACUAUACAACUUUACCGCACACCUUAUUUGGUCGACAUAAUUCGAGAAAACGUUGGACGAGUGCUUACAUUGGACUCUAUUGUCGCUGGUAAUGCAUGGAAAGGAAUGGACAUGUUGGUUUUCAAUUCAUGGCAUUGGUGGACCCACAAAGGAUCAUCACAGGGAUGGGACUAUAUAAGAGAUGGGUCUAAACUAGUCAAGAACAUGGACCGUUUAGUGGCAUACAAUAAGGGAUUGACGACUUGGGCUAAAUGGGUUGAUCUCAAUGUUGAUCCUACCAAAACUAAAGUCUUCUUUCAAGGCAUUUCUCCUACUCAUUAUAUGGGAAAGGAGUGGAAUCAACCAAAAAAUAGUUGUAGUGGACAACUUGAACCAUUAUCAGGAUCAACAUAUCCAGCAGGUCUACCUCCAUCAAGUAACAUAUUGAAUAAUGUAUUGAAGAGUAUGAAAUCACCAGUUUAUCUACUUGACAUUACACUUCUCUCACAACUAAGGAAAGAUGCACACCCUUCUUCCUAUAGUGGUGAUCAUGCAGGCAAUGAUUGCAGCCAUUGGUGCUUACCAGGAUUACCUGAUACUUGGAACCAGCUCCUAUAUGCUGCACUCUCCAUGUGAAAGUGUUAAGCUCCAUGUUGAUCAUUCAUUUUCCUUCAUUACUUGGAAAAUAUAUAUUAAGAGAUGAAAAUCAAGUGUAAAAUUAUAGGAUUCUUACUAAACAAAAUAAGUUCAGGGAUCAGAUUUGUUGCAUAUUAAAAAAUUACUUUACGAGGGGAUAAAUUUACUAAUUUUAUUGAAUCAAUGAUUAUAUAGAACUUUAUUGUUGA